GAACACCAUGAAGAAGAUUCAUUUCUGUUCAUUGCAUACAGUGAUGAAAAUGUCUAUGGAAAAUAAAGAGGUACCACGAUCCUGAAAAACUUUUUAUUUCAUUGCGUACUAAGAUAACUUAAGUAAAGCUUUCAGUCUGAUACUUAAAUCAAUUCAAAAUAUUUUACAUUGUUUGCAGUUGCAGGGUUUGGAAAUAUGUCUUGUAUUGAAAUCGUGCAUUAUGUUGAUCUGAAUUUCGUAUAGGAAGCUGGUGGGGACGACCUUAAAUUACCUAUUAUAUUAAUGAUAGUAAAUAAGGCAAUAACUUUGCCAAAAUAACUUUCUCUUCAGAAAGUGUUUACUUCUAAACACCAUUAUUAUGUACAUAGCUAAAUAAAAUUCUUGUAAAUGUAGUUUGUGUUUAUUUUAUUGUGGUUUGCAUGUUUUCCAUAACUACACUUGAUUAAAAUAUGAUAUUGUGUAGUACUUUGUUCCAUUACCGAAUACAAAGCUUCUAGUGGAAACAAGGGAGAACUGGGAGAAGAGAAAAUUAUGUAGAAUAAUAAAAUGUGUGAUAACUGAAAUAAGGUUUACAAUGAAAUGAAAAAUGUUUUAGAACUUUACCAUUAAUAUGAAGAAGGAAAUUGUGUGUUUUGUUAACACUAUUUGGGAAUUAAUUCCGAGUGUAUCAUUUCCAAUUAUUUAUAAAAGGCUAUUAGAAUUAUUAGUUUGCUACGAUUUUAUAAAUAAAUGCUUCUGCUGAGAUCUUGCGUGGCACACACAUUUUGAAUUUCCCAAGGAAAAUGAAUUACUAAAAUUCAUAUCCAUCUAAUCUAUAUUCAGUUCUUAAAUGAAAAUUUAAAGUUUUAAAUUAAGUAUUGGAGCAGGAUGAGCUUAAAUACAAUGUUUGUUUUUUUUAAAUUGUUUUAGCGCAUUAUUUUGAAUUAACAUCAGUGAUGCUUCAUAGAUAAUUUGGAUUCUCCGUCUCCUGCAGGUGGGAAACACAUUGGCAAUUGAUCUUGUGACAUUAAAUUGAUGUCCAAGCGAAGUCCUCCAGAAGUGGAAUAUACUGUUAACAAUAUACUUUUCAUAUACACAAAUGCAUAUAUAGAAUAGAGUAUCUUUCUCUUAAAUGCUAAGCUUGAAAUAAAACUUCUAAAAAUCCUAAUUAUGGGGUAGAAAAACAAUACCUGUGUGCCAAUGAGUCAUGAAAAUCUAAUUUUCAGUGUCUAUAAUGCAUUGUAAUAGUUACGCACAACGUGCUGCGGAUUGUACCUGCACACUACAUUUGGUUUAAUUCAAUAUAUUUGUUACACAUAAAUAAAUUUUCUCUCUCUGCACUCCUUUUCCAUAAAACUUCAGCUUUGGCAAAUCUCGCACUCCUCUGGACGUGAAAUGCUUAAAAAGGAGUACAAAGUUCACUCUUCACAUAGCAUACAGAUUUAGAUCCUGCUUUUCAUUUUAAGUUAAAAAUAUAAAAUGCAAUAAGGUAUCUACGUCUUAUGAUACUUGUUUAGUGGUUAUCGCAAUGUUCAUAUAUUUUCAUUGAAAUUUAAUAUAGUAAUAAAAGAAACCCGAGUAAAUUGUUUUUGAAAUGAAGCUUCAUAAGCUAGUUGGGAGGAUUUUGUGAGAAUCCUGCUUUUGAAAUAUCAAUUUGAUUUUCUGAAGGCAGUCUUAUUAUUUGGAUUUAGAAGAGUAAUUAGUAUGUAUCAAUUGAAUUUUCUUUUCAUUAGUGGUAGGGUGGUGCUUGAAUUAGUCAAUUGUGAAAGAUUUAUUUAUUCUUCAAUUUAGGUUUUAAUUAUGAAACCUUUUUAUUUAUUGCAUUGCAAAAUCAAUAAAUAUAUAGCGAGUAGUUGUAUUCUUUCAGAAAUUAGACAAUUUAUUUAAAUUUUUUUAGUUUUCAAGACAGUUAUAUACAGUGGAUCUUCAUACAAUGGAAUUUACUGCAAGAAGUACAAAAAUUGUAUCAAUAUACAAUCUAUGAAAUUUACAUACUCAGGAGUGUGGAAAUGAUAAUCUGUACUUUAAUGAUUGGAGUAAAAAUGCCUCUCAAACAUAUUUUUGGUUCAAUUGUGUGACUGAAGCUAGAAAUGGAUAAUUCAACAGCUUUUUAACAUUUUAUAAGUAGAUAAGGUAUGCUAUAUAUCAUGAUUGUAACUAAUUCAACUGAGCAGACUGAAGUUUCAUUUUGUAAAAAAUUGUCAAUUCUGACCAAGUAAAGCAAUGUAUAUUGGAUUCUCUUAAGAAAUUAUAAUAUUAAUAUUAGGAUAAAUAGAUUACAGAAAACAUUAAAAGAUGGCUAACUUUAAUAGAAUAGGUAGACCCCAGUUCAAAUUGAAAGACAGAACUGGAGAAAUGUACUAGUGUGUUGAACAAAAGACAACUAAGAAAAGAAUAUGCUCUUUUUUAUAUGUGAAGAUUCUUUGGUUAUUACGAAUUAAUGAAGAUGAUUGAUAUCUUCAAUUGCGCAGUAUCCUUUAGUUUUUGGUCAAAAAAACAUGAAACUCCAGUAAAAAAUUUGUUCAUAAUGUGUCAAAAAAGUUACAUGCACAGGGUACAUAUCUCUUACUAAUGUGUGUGUCUCGGUGCUUUGUAAACUGUUUAAAUUGUGAGAAAAGCAAGAAAAUAUUUCCGAAUUUUAAAAUGACUUCAACAUAAUUAAAAUACGACGAAUAAUGUAAAUAUAAUUUUGGUUGAGUCUCACAAUCUUACUGUGAUGGUAUUUCUUGACUGUCUUAGACAUCACUUAUUUUACCUCAAAAAUGUGUAUUUUGGAAAGUUUAUUUUAACAAUAUUGUGUGUAAAGUAAUGUUAACCUUUCUAUAAGUAAUUUUUCUCAAUUUAAAUAGUAAGAACCUCUCUCAGUACUUAUUUUUGUAUUUGGUCAUCAGUUGUCUUACUUUGUGUUGAAGUUUUUAAACUUCUGUUCUUUUUUCUUGUUUUUAUCUGGAUUUAAACCAUGGCUGGAAAAAUUGUGCAGUACUCUUUGGUUUUCAAGCAACAUUUUUUUAUUUUAAAUACAUUUUUUUAAAAUUGUAUUUAAUAUUUUUACUUAAAAUCAUUAAGUGAUUUAUUUGAACUUAAUUACUUUAAAAGCAGAAAAAAGUUUAUUGAAACAUCAGUUUUUAAAUUUAUC